CUCGGCGGCGCCGUUGCGUCCGGCCGGGCCGGCGGGGGACAGGGAGUGUGCGCGGGGCCGGGCGGGCGCGGGGCCGGGCCCGGAGGCGGUGGCGGGGCCCAGGCCGGUGUCGGGGGAUCGGCGGGCGGCUGGGCCCGUCCGGUAGCAGAGCGCGGCCACCGCGCCGCCGUAGGCGCGCCAGGCCAGGCGGACGCCCAGCAGGCUGAGGCCCAGCCAGAGCAGCAGCAGUUGGCACAGCGCGGCCCGCACGUCCUGCGCCGCCCACUCGGCCGCCAGCUCCCGGCCCAGCGCGCCCAGCGCCCGCCACGGCGCCUGCCAGCCCGCCACCGCCGCCAUGGCUACCCGGGAGCGGGGCCUGCGGGGCGAGGGCGGGCGGGGGCGGGGCCUGAGCAGUGAGCGCUGCCCGGGGCGGGCUGGGGGCGGGGCCUGCGCGGUGGGCGGGGCCGCCAUGGCGGGCAGCAGCGAGGAGGGGCUGUACUCGCGGCAGCUGUACGUGCUGGGCGGCGGGGCGCGGCGGCUGGCCGGGGCGGCCGUGCUGGUGUCGGGGCUGCGCGGGACGGGAGCGCAGGUGGCGGCGGCGCUGGUACUGGCGGGGACCGGGCGCGUCGUCCUGCACGAUCGUGGCGUCGCCUGCACCGCAGACCGCGGGCAGCAGUUCCUUCUGGGAGAGAGUGAUGUUGGCCAGAACCGUGCAGAGGCAUCCCAGCGGGCCCUGGCCGAGCUGAACCCCCGUGUGACAGUGGCAGCUCACACGGGAGAGCUGUCAGAGGCUUUCCUCGCCUCCUUCCAGGUGGUGGUGCUGACUGAGUCCCCGCUGGAGGAGCAGCUCCACGUCGGGGACUUCUGCCAUGACCAGGGCAUCUACUUCAUCGUGGCUGACACCAAGGGGCUAGCAGGGCAGCUGUUCUGUGACUUUGGGGAGUGCUUCAUCGUUAACGACCCAGCAGAAGGGGACCCAGAGCAUGCUGCCGUGCAGCACAUCUCCCAGGGCAACCCAGGUGUGGUAACGUGUAUGGGGACAGAGGACAACCACACCCACCUCUUCUGUGAUGGUGACCUCGUGACAUUUUCUGGUGUGGAGGGGAUGACGGAGCUGAAUGGCCAGGACCCCAUCCCCGUGCGUGUGCUGGAUGGCUUCAGGCUGGAGAUCGGUGACACCAGCUCCUUCUCGCCCUACCGCUGUGGUGGCUUGGUCUCACAGGUUCGGCUGCCUGAGGUGCACUCCUACGAGCCCCUGCGCCAGGCGCUAGAAGAGCCCAAGAUCCAGGUGGCAAAUCCCGAGGAGCUGCUGCGCAGCCGCAGCCUGCACGCUGCCUUCCGGGCCCUGCAUGCUUUCCGCAAGGAGCAAGGACACCUGCCCCGGCCCAGGGCACCGGCUGACGCUGAGCGGGUGCUGGAGCUGGCGCAGAGCCUGGGAGCACAGCAGGGUCCCCUGGACGAGGACAUCGUGCGAGCCUUUGCCAGUGUGAGCGCGGGGGACCUGUGCCCCGUGGCCGCCGUAGUCGGGGCCAUGGCCGCCCAGGAGGUGCUGAAGGCCAUCACCGGCAAGUUCCUGCCCCUGGACCAGUGGUUGUACUUCGACGCCCUGGAGUGCCUGGCGCUGGAGGGGGCUGCGCGGGUGACGGAGAAGGACUGCGCCCCGAGGGGCUCUCGCUAUGAUGGCCAGAUCGCUGUCUUUGGGGCCGCCUUCCAGGAGCAGCUGGGCCACCAGAAGUACUUAGUGGUGGGAGCUGGUGCCAUUGGCUGCGAGCUGCUGAAAAACUUUGCCAUGAUGGGGAUGGCAGCAGGGCAGGGGGGCAACCUCACCAUCACCGACAUGGACACCGUCGCCCUCUCCAACCUCCAUCGGCAGCUCCUCUACCGUUCAGCAGAUAUAUCGAAGCCGAAGUCAGCAGUGGCUGCUGCGGCCAUGCGGCGCAUGAACCCCGACGUCAGGGUGACAGCUCACCAGAACCAGGUGGGACCUGCCACCGAGCUGCUCUACGGGGAUGACUUCUUCCAGCGCCUGGAUGGAGUUGCCAGUGCUCUGGACACGCUGGAGGCCCGUGCCUAUUUGGAGAGCCGCUGCCUCCGCUGCCGCACACCGCUGCUGGACUCGGGCACGGAGGGGCCACGGGGGAAUGUGCUGGUCAUGGUGCCCCCCCUGACCAAGCCGCUGGAGCCAGCUGGCACUGCCAGGGAUGGCACCUUCCCCCUCUGCACCCUGCGGUACUUCCCCCGCACCAUCCAGCACACGCUGCAGUGGGCCCGGGAUGAGUUUGAGGGGCUCUUCCAGCUGCCAGCAGAGCACGUCAACCGAUUCAUGGAAGACCCAACUUUCUUGGAGCAGCUGCCGGCAGGGAAGGCCCUGGAGGUCCUGGAGCAAGUGCAGAGCAGCCUGCGGGAGCGGCCACGCGACUGGCGGGACUGCGUGCGCUGGGCGCGCCGGCGCUGGCAGAGCCGCUACCACGAUGCCAUCGCUCAGCUGCUGCACAACUUCCCCCCGGAGCACGAAACCAGCCCGGGUGUCCCCUUCUGGGCGGGGGACAGGAGCUGUCCCCAUCCACUGACAUUCAACCCUGAAAAUGACACCCACCUGGAGUACAUCCUGGCUGCUGCCCACCUCUUUGCCCAAGUAUACAAAGUGCCACCAUGUAGCGACUGGGCAGCUGCCCAGACCAUCCUCCGCAGUGUGGUCCUGCCACCCUUCAUGCCCCAGGAAGGGCUCCAGAUCCCCCUUGCAGAGGAGCAGGAGGAGGCGAAGGAGCCUGCGGACUGUGAGCGGCUGGCGGAGCUCACCCAGGACCUGGCACAGCAGAGACAGGAGCUGGUAGGGGGUGAGGAGGCGCAAGUGCCCCUGAUGGAGCCCAUCCACUUUGAGAAGGACAACGACAUCCAUGUGAACUUUAUUACGGCAGCAUCUAACCUGCGUGCAGAGAACUACGGCAUCACCCCCGCUGACUGGCUGACGAGCAAGCGCAUUGCCGGGCGGAUCGUGCCUGCCAUCAUCACCACUACAGCGGCCGUGGCAGGACUGGCGUGCCUGGAGAUCUACAAGCUGGUGUGGGCAUGCCGGGACCUCAGCUGCUACCGCAACAGCAACUUGAGCCUGUCUGACUGCCUGCUGCUCCGCAUUCAGCCCCUGCCACCCCCCACCUACUGGUACGGUGGGCGGGAGUGGAGCUGCUGGGACCGGCUGGAGAUGCAGGCGGUUGGCACAGACGGGCAGGAGAUGACGGUGCAGGAGGUGCUGGACUGGCUGCAGAGGACACACGGCUGGACUGUGACCACGCUACUGCGCGGCCACACCGUGCUCUAUGACAGGGAGGAGGACGAGGAGACACGGGCCCAACAGCGGGCGCAGAGGUUAUCAGAGAACCUGGAGGAUGCUGGGCAGCCACCGCAGCGGGAGCUGGAGCUGUACUAUGUGUGUGAGGGAGAGGAUGCUGAGGCUGAAGAUGCCCGUCCCCCUCUCCUCUGCUUCCUACCCUGAGUGGGGGGGGCCAGCACCCCCCAAGCCUGUGCAAUAAAAGCUGCAGGAUGA